CCAGGCUCAGACUGCAGUUGCUAUAUAAGGCUGAUAGUGACCAGACUCAGCCCAAAGCGGAGGGCCUGCAGGGAAGCAGCAGAAGCAGCAUGUGGACGGCGUGGUGUGUGGCUGCCCUGUGCACGGUGGCUGUGUGUGGCAGCCGCCAAGAGACAAACACGGUCCUCAGGGUUACCAAGGACGUGCUGAGCAACGCCAUCUCGGGCACGCUGCAGCAGAGUGACGCUCUCCGGUCCGCCCUGAGAGAGGUGCCCAUGGGUGUCGGUGGUGUCCCCUACAAUGACUUCCAUGUCCGGGAGCGUCCCCCCCAGUACACCAAUGGCAAACAGCUUGGUGGAAAUUAUAGAUAUGGUCACAUUGAUACCAACGACAACACUGCUCAGCUGGGCGGCAAAUACCGCUACGGUGAGAUCCUGGAGUCCGACGGCAGCAUCAGGGACCUGCGGCGCGGCGACGAGAGCCCCGCCUACGGCCACCACCGGGGCCAUCCCUCCGGGGGUGGCCACCGGGGCGCUGGGCCCGGGCGGCUUGCUGGGCGCUGGCGGCGUGCUGGCCAAUGAGGGCAUCCUGGCGGGCCAAGGCGGCCUGCUCGGCGGAGGUGGUCUCCUCGGCGACGGAGGCCUGCUCGGAGGCGGCGGUGUCCUGGGGGUGCUUGGCGAAGGCGGCCUCCUCAGCACCGUGCAGGGCAUCACGGGGCUGCGCAUCGUGGAGCUGACCCUGCCCCGGGUGUCGGUGCGGCUCCUGCCCGGUGUGGGUGUUUACCUGAACCUGUACACCCGCGUGGCCAUCAACGGGAAGAGUCUCGUUGGCUUCCUGGACAUCUCAGUGGAGGUGAACAUCUCAGCCAAGGUCCGGCUGACCAUGGACCGCACCGGUUAUCCACGGCUGGUGAUCGAGAGGUGUGACACCCUGCUCGGGGGCAUCAAAGUCAAGCUGCUGCGAGGACUUCUCCCCAACCUUGUGGACAACUUAGUAAACCGAGUCCUGGCCAAUGUGCUCCCCGACUUGCUCUGCCCCAUCGUGGACGUGGUGCUGGGUCUUGUCAAUGACCAGCUGGGUCUCGUGGACUCUCUGAUUCCGCUGGGCAUCCUGGGAAGUGUGCAGUAUACAUUCUCCAGCCUCCCGCUGGUGACCGGCGAGUUCCUGGAGCUGGACCUCAAUACUUUGGUUUCGGAAGCAGGAGGAGAUCUCAUCGACUACCCCCUGGGCAGGCCUGCCAUGUCCCCCAGGCCACAGAUGCCGGAGCUGCCCCCCAUGGGUGACAACACCAACUCCCAGCUGGGCAUCUCGGCUAACUUCCUGGGCAAGGUGCUGAGCAUGCUGCAGAAGGAAGGGGCACUGAACAUCGACAUCACUGACGGCAUGUUUGAUGAGCUUCCUCCACUCACCACGUCCACGCUGGGAGCCCUGAUUCCCAAGGUGUUCCAGCAGUACCCUGAGUCCCGUCCGCUCACUAUCAAGAUCCAGGUCCCCGACCCGCCCUCAGUGACCCUGCAGAAGGACCAGGCACUGGUGAAGGUGUUUGCCACCUCCGAGGUCGUGGUCUCCCAGCCCAAUGACGUUGAGACCACCAUUUGCCUCAUUGACGUGGACACAGAUCUCUUGGCCUCGUUUUCUGUGGAAGGAGAUAAGCUCAUGAUUGAUGCCAAGCUGGACAAGACCAACCUCAACCUCAGAACCUCAAAUGUGGGCAACUUUGAUGUGAGCCUCUUGGAGGUGCUGGUUGAGAAGAUUUUUGACCUGGCAUUUAUGCCCGCAAUGAAUGCUGUGCUGGGUUCUGGGGUCCCUCUCCCCAAAAUCCUCAACAUCGACUUCAGCAAUGCAGACAUCGAUGUCUUGGAGGACCUUCUGGUGCUGAGCACAUGAGCGACAGAGGCAGAGAUGUGGUCGGAAGGAACCAGAACCAGCCCUGGAGAGGCCUGACCUGCACACAGUCCUUGGGCCUAGAUCACUUCAGCCUCCACAACAGGCCCCUGCCAGCCUCUUCCCCACCUGUCCCCCCUCCAGGAAUUGCUCCAGCCACUGCGUUGUUGGCGAACAAUGGCAUACACAUCAGCCUCUGCAGCGGGGGAGGUGACCUUGGGGACCUAGCUGCAGGACCCAGGCAGAAUCCAUGCUGAGUCUGUUACACUUUCAAUAAAGAUCCCACCUUC